AUGCAGUACUUUGUAGAAAAUGUUGAAAGGAUAUCACAAACAUUCAGUAGAUCUAGCAGUAUGCAAGUUGAAAAUUCCUCUAUUAGUUCUAGUGUUGAACGUUUUACAGAUGAAGAACCACCACCAAGUUAUUUUGAAGCUAUUUUACAAACUCCAAGAACAGAAAAUAAUAUCUCUAGUUCAGAAAUCGAACAAGAUGUAUCUAUUAGUACUAAUAGAUUGAGUGAUUAUAUUGCUCAAAAUAUAUCGCUCCAUGAGUGA